CGGUGCAGGUGAGAGUUUCCACUUGUUACGCUAUAGUGGAGUCAGCAGGAAGCAAACGGGGGCAAGAGGAGGUAACAGAGAGUCGCAGGGAAAGGGAACUCCACGGAGAGAGAGAGCUCAUUUACUUCAACCGACGUUGAGAUUAUAGCAUGCCGGGUGCACCAUCGGGUGGCCACAGAGCUGUCACUGUUUCUUCCGGUAACAUAAUGGCUUCAAUGAUUUCCAUAAAGGACACAGGUAUCGUAUGGCUCUUCCUGUCCGGACUUCUGCUGCCGUCAGUAUUAGUGUCUGGGCAAAACACGACUACAGAGAUGAUGAACACCACUACUCUCACCGCUGCCUCGGUCUCAAUGACAACUCCUUCCACUGCCUCUAUGAACCCGUCUUCUUCUACCAUGUCCAUGGCGACAACAAACCUGACCACCAUGUCCACCACUUAUGGAGGUACUGCAAUGUCCACUGCCAUCAUGUCUCCCACCUCCACCUCAGACUCAGUAACCCAAAGCAUCCACUCAGCACCCACCACCUCUGGAGGCCUAAAAUCACCCAGCACCCACUCUGCUUCACCCACCUCCGGAGGCUCAGCUUCACCCAGCACCCACUCUGCUUCACCCACCUCCGGAGGCUCAGCUUCACCCAGCACCCACUCUGCUUCACCCACCUCCGGAGGCUCAUCUUCACCCAGCACCCACUCUGCUUCACCCACCUCCGGAGGCUCAGCUUCACCCAGCACCCACUCUGCUUCACCCACCUCCGGAGGCUCAGCUUCACCCAGCACCCACUCUGCUUCACCCACCUCCGGAGGCUCAGCUUCACCCAGCACCCACUCUGCUUCACCCACCUCCGGAGGCUCAGCAUUACAUAUCACCCACUCUGUCUCAAGCACAUCCGAAGAUGGUAUGUCUGCAGCAAAUGAAAACGCCACAUCAAAUUCUUCAAUGGCUAUGUUAUACUGCCCUUCCUUCUCCUGUAACUACUCCGAAUGCACCUCAAUGUACGACAGUCAGAAUACCUCUGCUUGUGCUGCUGGAGAAUCGUGUCAGCUGCUGAGAACAAUGAGCAUGUGGUACAACGUGAGCUGCAGCGCCUCUUGCGUUGAAAGUUGCACCAACGCCUCUCAGACCAACUGCUCUGUGAACUGCUGUAAUUCCACCGGAUGCCUUAAUAACACCUUUGCAUCCAUGAUGAUGACGAUGAUGACGACAACCACAGUGGCUGCAACCACAACGACGAAAGCUCCAUCGACAACAAUCUCAACAACAGCAAACAAGGGAAACAAAUGUCACAAGGGUACUUGUACUGGUGAAACUUGUUACAAAGAUUUCAAAAGCAACAUGUUGGAAACCUGCUCCUCCAUGCAUCCCCACUGUCAGCUGAAAAAGGAGACCUCAGGAUCCAGCACUGUUUGGACCGCAGGCUGCAGCAAUUGCACCGGUUAUGCUGCCUGCAGCGACGCCGCAAAGGUUCCGUGUAACCUGGAGUGCUGCACUGCCACCAUGACCUCCUGUCUGAUGUUGAAUGGCUCGCUGAACGUCCCCUCCUUCGCCACAAGGGGGCCUCACCUUCACACGGAGUUGAUUGCUUCCCUGCUUUGUCUGCUUGCAAUCACGCUGCUUCUGUGA